UCGCUUUUCCAUACUCCAGCCUCUUGUGGUCAAAGACCAGGCCAAUCUCGCAUUGUUGGCGGAACAACUGCAGUCCAUGGUUCUUGGCCGUGGCAGUUGUCUCUUCGAUACUCAGGUGGACACAUUUGUGGCGCUUCUUUGAUCAGCGAAGAGUAUGCAAUAACUGCUGCUCAUUGUGUGAAUCAUGACUCUCGACCAAGUUCCUACAAAAUUGUGGCUGGUAGGUAAACUAUUCUGUAAGUUUCUAGGUCUACCUGAUUCUUUCUCACUUUUGACAACAAAUUUUAAUUUCCUUGUGUCUAAACUUUCACGCCUUCACGUCUUAAAAUGUGAUAUACUGACAGUUAAAUAUUCUUUUCUUAUCAGGUGCUCACAAAAGGUACGGGGAUGGAGUUGAAUACCAAGUUUCUCGCAUCUUCAAACAUGAGCGAUUCUCCAUGUCCCACCUACAAAAUGACAUUACAGUCCUCAAGCUGAGCUCUAAGGUGAAACUUGGUCCCACUGUUGGUAAGGUGUGUAUGCCUGCUCAAGGAUCACGUGCUAAAAUCGGUGCUCAUUGCUGGACAUCCGGUAAGUCGAGGUCAACCUCUUAGUUUAAUUCGGAUAAUAGCUCAAUUUCUCAGUUGUUGUUAUAACCUAAAGUUCCCUCUUUCCAUCCUCACUCUAUCGGUCCAUCCCUCCGUUCCUGUUAACUUUUUGGCCAUUCUUCUGUCUAGCACAUAAGGCUCUCGGAUGAUCAGUUCCUACGUUAGUCGCUUUUCGAGUUUAAUGGCUAGCAACCAGUUUUGAUUAUUGAAGGAAACGAUACGAAAACUUUUUACUGGGAAAUCAUUUUGCCAUUAUUUUGGUCUCUUUACCCAGGAUGGGGCCGAAUAAGUGGUCAAUCUAACCAAGCAGCUUACGAACUACAACAGACCUCCUUACCCGUUGUCGAUCACGACACGUGCUACAGGAAAAACGGUUACUACGUUCAUGAGACCUCCAUGGUAUGUGCAGGUGCCUCUGGAAGCAGUGUGUGUAAUGGGGACAGCGGUGGGCCUCUAGUAUGCGAGGAAAAUGGAAAAUGGGUACUGCGUGGUGUUACUUCGUGGGUUACCAGCAAGGCUUGUCCCACGAUGACGUACUCCGUGUACGCACGAGUUGGAUCUUACGUGGACUGGGUAAAAGGCAAAAUGGGUAAGAAA